CAACUAGAAUUUGACGGCUAACCUCAAAAUAAAAUAAGGUUAUGUCACAGAUUUUUGUUGUGUUUUAAAUUUUAUUAAACAAUUUUUUGAAUGAAAAUAUAUUGUUUAAAGUUAAAAUGUCGUUAUUUUGUUUUGCUAGAGCUAGAAUACUAAAAACGCCACCGUAUUCAAAUUGGAAGCAGGUGACGACGACCAGACUGCUGGUUCCUAUCAAGCCAAUUUUUUACCGCCAAAUAGCUACCGACAAAAAUGCCUCCGUGGGCUCAACUAACUGGAGGGGUGUGUUUACCAGAUUUUUACCAGUCGGGUUGUGUCUUAUAGCUGUGAUGCAAUGGCGUUAUUACCGAAAACUUACCAGCGAUUCUUUGGCCAAACAGUGGGAAAUCGAUUGUUAUUGUAAGUUGCCACUAAGGACGGUUUCGCGUUGUUGGGGAUGGAUUGCAGACACGCAGUUGCCCGUCUUUCUGAGAGGACCAGUUUAUACUCUUUAUUCGAAUACUUUCGGUGUAAAUCUAUCGGAAGCGCUCAAUGAAGAUUUGACCUCCUAUCCGAGUUUGACUGAUUUCUUUACCAGACAACUCAAGGAUGGGGUUAGAGUUAUUGAUAAGGACAGUUGUGUUGUAUCACCCUGUGACGGAACUGUUCUUCAUUUCGGACAUAUUCCUAACGAGAAAGUAGAACAAGUUAAAGGAGUAACAUAUUUAUUGAAAGACUUCCUUGGCGAAAACCAAAAUCAACAGAAAUUAUCGAAUGUAGAUUAUAAGAAAUCGUUAUUACAAAGCAAAGACGAAAAGACUGCAUUGUAUCAAUGUGUGAUAUAUUUAGCUCCGGGUGAUUACCAUAGAUUUCAUUCUCCGACUGAAUGGAAACCUUUGCGACGACGACACUUUUCAGGCGAUUUACUGUCUGUAAAUCCUGCCAUCGCAAAAUGGGUACCCGGAUUAUUCUGCUUGAACGAAAGGGCAGUUUAUUUAGGUGAAUGGAAACAUGGAUUUUUUUCCUACACCGCUGUCGGUGCAACAAACGUUGGGUCUGUGAAAGUAUACUUUGAUAAGCAACUUCAGACAAACACAUCAAAAAAGACGAAACAGUUUAAGGAAGUGUUCCUUGGAAAUUCGAUUGAAUUGAAAAGGGGCGACCCUGUCGGCGAAUUCAGAAUGGGAUCGACCAUAGUUUUAAUAUUUGAGGCGCCGAUUAAUUUUGAUUUUUCAGUUGUGUCUGGACAAAGAGUCAAAUUGGGUCAAAGUUUGGGUUGUUUGGGACAGAGAAAGUUCGUUGACGACGUCGAAAAUAGAAACGACAGUACAACGCAAAGUGCAAAUUAAUGAGUAUUAACGAAUAUUGUGAUAUGUUUAAUAAAAGUUAAAUAAAUAAAGUUUUUAUAUA